AUGUGUAAGCGUUAUAAUGUGAUGUGGUCCAAAAUAGCAGAUGGUUUACAUAUACCCGACAUCGCUCUAUACAGAUGGACAGACGGACAGACAGACAUACGACGGAGAAGUGUCAAUAUAUACGUCGCCAAUACUUUGUAUGACUGGGGUGCUAAUUUGGACUUUAUUAAGAAGCAAAGUGGAUGUCCAAAUAUAGAUGAAAAUGUUGACAAACACGUGCCAAUGGUAUGGGGCUAUGGAAGCUAUUUUUCACAGUACUAUCUCAAUAAUGAAGCGGCCUUUCUCAUGGCAUUCAACGAACCAAAUCACAAGACCCAAUCAAAUAUUGAUCCGGUACAAGCAGCGAGUGUUUGGGGAGAGGUAGAAGCACUGGCAAACGGGAGGCCAAUAGUAAGUCCUUCUCCGGCAAGGUGCGAUGGUCCUAAUUGCUUAUGUAGCACGGAGGAAUGGUUUGAUGCGUUCUUCGCGAAUUGUAGCGGCUGUCGUGUGGACUACCUAGCUACGCAUAUGUACAGCUGUAACCCUUAUGAAACUAUGGAAUUCCUGGAGAAUCUGUACAACAAAUACGGGCUUAAAAUAUGGUUAACGGAGUUUGCGUGCCCUUAUACUUGGAAUGACGCGGUGCAGCGUGCAUAUAUGGAGGCAGUUCUACCAAUGCUUGAAAGUGCAGCUUACAUUUACAAAUAUUCCUGGUUUGUGUCACGUGUUACUUUCGAGACGAGGACUGAUUUUAUUGACAUGUCGGCUAGUUUGCUCGAGCCAUACUCUUCCCAGCUAACAUGGCUUUCAGUUAGGAGAUUUAUACAGUAUACAGUGGAAAAACGGAGUAAACUUCCUAUUAUGACAAAAAAGUACAAGUUAAGAUAUAUGGGUUGUCACGUGGUUGUAAACGUAGACUUGGCAUACGUUGAAUUACACAGUCCUGCCAGACAUGGUCCAGUGAAGUUACUUAUACUUGCUAUAACAUAA